AUGGAGAAUUUGGAGAUCGUCAGGCAGCUGCAGAAUGCUCUGGCAUUAAUUAUGAAUCCUCUUUCUAAUCAAAAAUUAAGAGCCGAAGCCCACCAAUUUUGUGAAGAGUUCAAAGCCAGUGCUCCGAACUGUGCAAAAGUUGGCAUCGAGCUAUCUAGAAAAGAAAAUGAUCAAAUCACGAGGCACUUUGGUUUUCAACUCAUAGAAUACUGCGUCAGAUUUAGAUGGAAUAGCAUGUCGUUGGACGAGAAAAAGUUCAUUAAAGAAAGUAGCAUGGAGCUUAUUAAAGGGGGAACCCUGGACAUCGUAUCAGAACAGAGACACAUCAAAGAUGGCCUUUCAAGGAUCAUCGUGGAGAUAGCUAAGAGAGAGUGGCCUCAACAGUGGUUAUCCAUGAUCAGUGAAUUUGACGCCAUCUGUACCUUGGGGCCAACGCAGACUGAACUAAUUCUCCUAGUCUUUCUCCGCCUAGCUGAAGACGUUCUAAUGUUCCAGACGACCCCUCAGCAGCGUAGACGAGACAUCCAGCAGGCCUUUGUCUCAAUCAUGCCUCAGCUUCUGUCCUUUCUACAUCUCACACUCAAUGAUAGCUACAGGAGUAUUGUUGCAACGAGCAUCAGCAACCUGACGGCCACACAAUCAGCUGUCUCAGUCCAGGGCAAAUUAGAAGAGAGAAUUCCACUGGUUGAAGCCAUGAUCAGCGAGAAGUGGUUGGAAAAGUUGAAGGGCGUUGCCAUUGUCGCCGCUAGUGGCGCCACCGAAGAGAGGACGUUUCGAUUCUUCAAGAAGUUGUGUCAGGUCCUCGUCACCGUCGGCACUCAAAUGUCCUCUGUGCUGGACGACUUUUUCCCCGAGAUCGGGGGUUGCCGGUAUCGGUCAGAUCUAAGUGAGGUAAUUCGACAGUGCGCCUGUAUAUCUCCUGACUGUGCUUUCAAGUUUGCGGCCGAAAGACUAGAGACACUACUCAACAAAACCGUUCUGUGUGAAGAUUUCGACGCCGGGAUGCAACAGCAGCUACCACAGCAGCUACCACAGCAGCUACUAUCACCACAGCCCGACCAUUCCUUACUACAUCAGUUGUAUCUGGAAUGGGAGUCUAUAAUUAUAUGCCUGGAGAAUGUUGUGGAGAAAGUUGACUUUGAUACGUUCGAUGAGAGACUCGUCCAAUCAGCAAUCAGGCUUUACUCGUGUGUCCUUGACUUCCGCUGCCCUGAUGCAACAGUGACGUCCUACGCGCUGUCUGUCGUAUCCUCGCUGCUACCAUUGGUCGUCAAGGAAAACAGUCUUCUAACUAGAGUCAUGGAGAAGCCCGGGUUCGACCUCUUCUACAGCCACAUCAAGCAGAUGUCUGCCGGCGAGAUGUCACAAAUGGAAAAGUGCACCUGCUACGAAGCUCUCAUCAUUAUCCACAACAUGAAGAGGAACUUUGGAGAGCAGGUGAUGUUCUUGAAAGAGAUUGCACAUCCUGUGGUCGAGUACUGGCUGUCUGAAUCUUUCACUAGUACGGUAUGGUCAGCCCCAAAUCUCAUGGAUUUCAUUGGCAUAACCAGGGAGCCCGUUGAACCGAGCUCUGAUGACGUCAGCGGUAUUAAUAGAUCUCAGAUGCAAUACUGCCUGACUUUCAUCCUAUCCGUCAUAAAGAGGAGUGAAUUCAUUGUCGGUGAUGAUAAUGAUCAGCCUGCAGUACCAUCAGUGGCCGUCGGUGGCGACUACAGCAGUGGCGGUGGUGGUGGUGAUAGUGGUGGUAAAAGUAGUAGUAGUGGUAGUAGUAGUGUAGAUCCUAGUUCACCGUUGUUCAAGAGCUACCACGAAAUGUUCAACCAAUCAAAUUUCUCCAAGGUCUACCCGGACUUCGUGACGUCAUUCAAAAUGUCCGAAGGGGAGAAGACCACAAUGACAGGUGUGCCAAUGUCCUCAAAGUCAGCUACAACAACGACACCGAGCCACAACCACAGCAACAACCACAACAACUUCCACAACAACACUACUUCAACUAGUCCGUAUAAUGUAUGUAGCGCUGACCCUGCAUCCUACAGCAAAGAUCCUAUAGAGAGGAUGCUAACAUUUUUUAAUAAUCUAUCUGAUCUUUGUUACAACAUCAUAGGAAACAGUUUCAAACACGUGGGCUACUCAUUUUACAUGUUGCCGGAUCUGAGCAGUAUGAUCGUUACGAACGUCCUAAACAACAUCUUCCUACUUCCAGAGCAUAGAAUCAAGCAAAUUUUGUAUUUCAUUCUGAAGCCUCUGGUUUUGAACUGCCCAAAAGAAUGCCACGAAAAGGUUAUCGUCCCAAUUGUCAAAGUUCUAUGUCCUUCUUUCUAUCAGUACCUUACGACCAAAUGGCAACUGCUGACAUCCAGAAACGCGGAAGAUUUAGAAAGGAAAGAGGAGAGAUCGGAAUAUCAGGAGAGAGAGGAACUGGUCGAGGAGCAGAUGAUCAAGCUCAUAACAAGGGAAUACCUUGAUUUCAUUGACUGCUUAUUCAAAGACAAAAAGCUCAGAUCUCUAUCUGGACAGCAGCAGCAACAGCUACAGCAGCCACAGAGCGACAACAGCCACAGCAACAAUAAUAAUGAAGAGAUGAUGGAUGAUGGCGAUGCUGGGAUGGCAAUGACGACGACGAUGAUGAUGAUGAACCAGAGGAAGAACAAGGAGGAAGUGUUUGGGGAUGUCGGAGAGAUUAUAAUGGCCGAUGAGGAAGUAUCCGGGCCAAUAGUGUUCACGUUGUUUGUAUCGCUGUCCUGGCAGGAUUCGUCCAGCUGUAUGAAAUCCGUCAUCUGGUGCUAUCCCGUUCUCAAGAAGUUAGUAGCCCUAAAUAGGAUGAAUUCCGAAAUGGCGCGUGACUUCUUCCAUGCGCUCCUCAUCGGUCUGAAUGUUCAUGGUCAACAUGAGGUCAUGCUCCUUAGUAUCAUGACGUCACUGGUCCAGACUUACGAGUUGCUGGUUCCUAACUUUCCAUGCAUUAGAGAUGUGCUACUAACCAUUCCCGGCUGUACAAAGGAGAAUUUAAAAAAUUUUUGGCAGCAGCAGCAGUAGCAGCAACAGCGGCAACACUACACUACAACAGCAACGAAAUUUUGAGAAGAGGAAGAGAGAGAUGUU